AGACGAGUGAUGGUGGAGGACACCGCUUGAUGAAGUAUGAGGCGUUGCUCCACGUCGAUUGCUCGGUUGCUUUGCGCACUGUCAGCGACACUUUUGAAGCCCGGUGGAGUAGUCGCGGAAGAGUGCAACGCCACCUUGCCUUGGACGGUGUCCAGAGGCACCUACGAGGACAUUGAGGACGUCGCAUUCGAGUCGUUGAUGCGGUGCCCGGCCAACUUGCACGGAUGCUCUAACGACCUAUUGAGCUGCGAGCCCGGGACAUACGUUGUCACCUGUUCGUGCGCGCCAAACUGCAGAGUGUACAGGGACUGCUGCUGGGACGUGGAGUUCUUACCGGAGGACGAGACCGAAUUUCCGGAGAUCUCCUGCGUACCGGUUCAAGUCUCAACUCGGCUGAUAAAGCACGUUUCCAUGGUAGUUGGAUGCCUGCCAUCAUGGCCGCAAGACGAGGUGAGGACGGCGUGCGAGAACGGGCACUCGUUUAACGAGACCUUCCAUCACAUACCGGCGACAAGCAUCAAUCACGUCACUUACAGAAAUGGCUUCUGCGCGCUCUGCAACAACGAUGUCGCGAACGCCACCUUCUGGGACGCCAUAUCGAUGGGAUCAAGAAAACCUGUCCGUGCACUCCUGCCCCAAGUUGUAAGCGGCGAUCCCGAGCUGUACCUGAGACCAUGCGUCUCGGACAAACCCGAUGACGCGUGCGAUCAACAUGUCGGCGAGCACAUCUCGGGCACGUGCAAGACCUACUACGCACCCAUCAGCGACGCGGAAAAUCCACGCUAUCCCACCUAUCGGAAUGUGUACUGUGCCACGUGCAACGGCGCCAACGUGUCCCGACUGUCUUGCAGCCAAACGAGGCAGGUGUCCAACUUCACAGUACCCAAGCGCUGGCGCCCCACCGGACAAAAGAGACCAGCUUCUGCCCACCCUCCAAACCUGGCAGCCAUAUUCAAGCCCGUGGUUAGUACUCCGACGUGCUACGCCGAGCACGACGGUCACUGCUACAUCAGGGAGGCCCCGAACCUGAAGAAAAAAGACCUCCUAAUGCUACGCCGCGGAAACAGACUCACGAACGGAACGAUACCUACUCACCCUGUCGGUGGUCACAAUGCCGACGCAUCACCCAACGCGUACUUCAAUGUCUACAACUACGUAACGGUCAUCUGCAUGUCCGUGUCCGUAUGCUGCCUCGCGCUCAAGGUCGUCGUCUUCUGUGCUUACAAGGGAUCCCGAAGCUUCUCGUCCAAGUGUACUCUGUGUCUUUCGGUCACGCUGAUGAUCACGCAGCUGCUGUACUUGUUCACAAGCUUCGUCGACGUACAUGGGGUGGAGUGCAUGGUUGUUGCCGUACUCGUCCACUACGGCUUCCUAUCGACCUUCUGCUGGACCGGCGUACUGUCUUACGACAUCUGCAGCAACAUCACUUCCGCUAAGCUCUCGUCGGCUCGCGACCGGACUCUCGCUCUCUACACCACGCUGUCCUGGAGCCUACCGUUAGUUGUCGUCGCCUCGGCUCUUCUGGUGCACUGCCUGACUCCGGAUUCCGAAGUAUCGCCCAGAUACGGAACCGUCACUUGCUGGAUCGGCACCCUUUGGGGUUUAGUGUUGUACUUCUUGGUUCCCAUGGCAACGCUCACGCUCUUCUCUCUCUUCGUGUACCUGAAGACCGUCUUCUACAUCCGCGACAUCGCGUCCGGCGCUGCGGGCGUCCGAGAGGGUCAAGACGUGAACGCCAGCGCGGACUGCGAGCGUAAGCGACACCGAACCCGCAUGGCGCUGUUCUGCCGCCUCGCGCUCAUCAUGGGAGCCGCGUGGAUGGUCGCCUUCCUGGGCACGUUCGUGCCUUUUGCCGAGAUUGACGUCGUAGUGAACUUUCUCGUCGGACUACAAGGGGUGUACUUGUUCGUUGCUUUCAAGGACUACCGCUAUAUCUGGGCGUCGAUUGCUGGGCGCCAGAAAGUGGCCGUUAAUGGCAGCCGUGGGACCUCCCAAACCAUCGUCGCCUCUUCAAAGAAGAGCUGCACUUCAGAAUGACAAUGUUCGUCAGCAAAAGGAGUACGCCUGACUCCGUUUGCUAUUAGACUCAUCUUUUAAAAAAUAUUUAACUUCUUUCAUUCCCAUUUUCACUUUACAGCAUAGUUUUCAUCUUGAAAAAAUUGGAGGACGCUUGAGCUUCGCCUCCAAGAGUAGAACGCGACAGCGUAAUCAGGCUCCAUAAGCAUAGCCUUUUCUCAAUAGCUAGCCUGCCUUCACUUCUCGGUGGACGCCGUGCCGCAAGGAAAGGGACGCCUGUGCGCGUAACGUCGGCCGUUUUAGACUAUCCUAGAAUGCCUACUGCGAGUAUAGACCUUAUGCAAAAUUGCUGCCCUCUGUCGGAGGUUUGACGAAACUACCGAUUCGGCGCCAUGUUGGAGGCUUGUGUCCGAAUCGUAUUGCUAUCGCUGCUAUAACUUCUUGUGUGUACCUUAGUUGAUAGUCGGCAACCGGGGCAUAAAAACGUCAGACGAGCCCUGCACACGUUACCGGCAUUUCCGAAUUUUUACGUUGGCAAUUAUUACGUGUCAAGAACUGCGUCGCAACAAGAAGAAAGGACAUGUUUGUCACCGAGUCACGUGUAAGCCUGUCUUCGUUGAGAAUGAAGCUUUGCGCUUGGUUAUAAAUUUUGUCUGUUUAUAGUGCAGCGAAUGAAGCGUUGUUAGCUAUCGGAAUACCAUGCAUGUAGUGCAUUAUUGGUGGGAGGAGGCAUUAGCGCGCGACGCGGCUGGGCACAGCGAUGACGGUAAGAAAGUGCUGUUGUCCCACUUCAAAGCGUAUUUCAUAAGGAACAGCCUAAUGUAU